AUGGACUCAAGCACAUUCCAUUUAAAUGAUGUUCACACUUUUACACCAAAUCCACUGUUUCCUUCAGCCAACCCACAUAUGAUGUCAGAUACACCAAGGCAUAUCUGCAAACCCGAAUUACUGACAUGGACGCACCUUCCAAAUAUGGGUAUAACUGCCGAAACAGGAUCAAAUUAUAACGCCGACGACGAUGAACUUCCUCAGUACGACGAUGUCGACCAGGGCCAACGGGUCGAACACCGAAAGCUCCGCCCUCCGCAGGUCGAAGGAUCGGUCGACAUGGUGGAUUUAGAAACAGAUGGGAAUGUUUCAAGUCCAGCAAACCCGUUAAAAAUAAGAAUAAUACGGCCAGCGAGUGCUUUCAACCUCGAUGCAUCGACUUCCAACUCGACUCUGGACGAUGGCGGUCAAGCGCCGAUGUCCAGCCCCUCCAACGCAGAUGUAGGGGCAGUGGCUCCUGCAAAUGGCUUCAAAAUUAAAAUACCCCCAUUCUCGAAACGCGUCAGUGGCAUCCUCCCAAAGAGUCAAACUUUGAACCACUCCAACCAAAGCUACUCAGAAUCGGACGGCGAUCUGCCUUCACUGAUUGCUCAUCCACGAUUUUCAGCAUUUCCUGAAUCGGUAUCCUCAAAUCCGUAUAUAAAUCAGCAUCGACCUCAACUCGCCAGGAAAAUCAAUGUCUUUCAUGAUAGCCAUGGAGUGACAAUGGAACAAUUCGAGACGUUCACUCAUGCCCACGUCUCUCCUGUAGUCUUCGGGAAGAGGAAAUUUGUUGACCUUCAGCAACGCCCAGAUAUUUUGGCGAUGAACUUGGAAAUGCUACGGAAUGCAGAAGGUCAAAGUAACAUCCCAGACUUCACCGAAAUUUCUCAACGACACCAUGCCUCGGGGGAUGCUGCCAUUCCCACAAUAUCCCGGGCGGCUCAAAGGAAACAAUUAUUUAAGGACAUCUUUGGUGUAGAGCGCGUUCAGGUUCCAAUUUAUUCACCAUUUACGGCUUCGAGAAUAGGAAAAUCGAGUAGCGGGUCCGACGAAUCCAGAUUGUAUUAUAGCAUUGGAUCAGACCUUCCAACCACGAGCGACGAAAUGACUUCGGAUUCAGAUGUUCCUACAAGGGGCAACCUUUCUCGGUCAAUUCACAGGUUCAAACCAUACGCCAGAGGGCUCAAACGCAGAUUAUCCCCUCCUUCAUCGUCUACGACUCUGUAUGUCGAUAGCACGGAGCCAGUCGAAGAACGCACAUAUUCAGCUGAUGAGGAUGGUUUAUAUGAAUCGCAAAGGCAACAUUCGACAGGAGAGGCGCUGCUGGAUGGCCAUGUGGCUUCCGAGGAGGCUUCUAACGAUGAUAUUAAUGUCACUAUUGAGCUUAGGCCUCCGACUCCUACAAAUGAACUCGCGCUUCCAACAUCACCAACAGUGCAGCAGCCGAUUGUCAUCCCUCUAUCUCCUAGUAAAGAUGUUGUUGAACUCGUUAGCCCAAUGGUGAUGGAGCUUCGCAAUUUGGCUCCCAAUUCACCUCCACCGACGCAGCCUAUGCCGACUGGGCUGACGUUCACUCUUAACCCAGAUUCUGCACUCGCUAUGCCGAAUGUCCCUCCCAAAGAGAGCACAUCAUCAUUCUCUUUGUUUUCCCUAUCAAACCAUGUCCAGGAUAUCCUCAAUCCACCGGAAGAUCUUUCUUGGGGCGCUGGAGUCGCCUCUACAUCUUCAUCCCAAUAUGAUGGCUUACCAGAUAUUCCACUUGCCGAUCAAUUGCCCACUCACUCUCCAGAAAAUUCGUUCAUCGAUCUGCCUGAUGAAUCGGGAGCUGCUCCUGCGAGUGUUCCUACCGCUGUUCUCGAUAUCUCCGAUAUAGAAGAAGAAGAGGGACUUGUACAUGGUCACCACUCGACCGUGUUUGACCCGGCGUAUCGUACCAUUCGGUCUCAGAAUCGUUGGGCUCAAGAUAAAUCUGCUUGGGUAGCCAACAACGUGGUAAUCGGGGAGAUUUGGGAGCAGUAUGUCAACAACGGAAGAAUACAUAUCUUCGUUCAAGAAUCGAAUGUGAAAGAGGAGGAAGAGGAGGAGGAAGAAGAAGAAUUUGACGAGCUUGAGUCCGAUAGUGACACUGGCGAUUAUCGGGACUCCGACUUCAGCGCCAGUCCAUCCAAACGAGCAAAGGGGUUUCGCGUUAUACGUAAACGAGAAAACAUCUCUUUUUCUCAACGCGACGAACCCACUGCCACCGCUCCUCGCUUUCUUGCCCGUCAAAUUGAAACUUGGAGUGUUGCCUUGCGUUCCCUUGUGAAAGGGAAGAAAAGGUUUCUUGAACGGGACCUUCUGGAAAUGAAAGAGGCUCUUCAAGGCAUCUACGACAACCACCGACAUAUAGCUCCUACAUCCUCUGUUGCUGGCACAGUGUUUGCCAUCAUGGCCCUACCGGCCAAAGAGAUUCCCGGCGAAGAUGCAAUAGGGCUCAGGCCACUCGCCAGGAAGGCCGCUCGGGCUUGGGGCAUACGGACUUUCAAACCACGGUCUGAACACCCGUGA